AUGAAGUUCUCUUUUGCUGCUAUUAUCCUAGCUGCCACCUCGGCCAUUGCCACCCCCAUUGCCAGUAAACGCGAUGGCACCUUUGUGAUCAAAGAUCUCAAAGCGCGCGACUCUCUCUCCAACACCAUGAGCUUCAAACUGCUUGACGGUGACGACUUAAUUGACUGCAACUUGAUCUGGAGUGCGAAAGAACCCGAAGAAAAUGCCCGAUGCAACGACUCCAAGCAUCUGAUUCAGUUUCCCGAUGGCUUCGAGUUCGGCAAGUUUACCCUUGCCAUUGAGCGGAUUGAGCCCAACCCGAUUGGUGGCCGUGCCUAUCUGGAUGAGAGCGAUGGCAAGUGGAACUGUGUAGACAACCCGUCGGACCAUGUCUACAAGGACUGCAAACAGAUGGUUAUGUCGAUCGUUCAUAAAGGCUUCUUGACCCCACCGCCGGCUAUGCCCACCAUUGCCGAGGGCCGGAAGGUGGGUAUAAUCAUGACAACUCGAACCGAGCGUUUAGCUACCUGGGCUUCAGGAUUUCAAUAUGAUGAUAUCCCACAGGAAGUGAUCCAGCGAACCAAAGACCUCUUCCUGGACUGGUUCGGGUGCACGAUUGCUGGUCGUCACCAUGCCGCCGUAAAGGCCAUUGCGAUGUUUGUGCAGCAGAUGGGCCCCACGUCGGGGAGGAGUGAGUUGGUAGAUUGCGAGCUAGGGUUCAGCACAAGCCCGCCGUUUGCAGCCAUGGUGAACGCCGCCUCGUCGCACGUUGUGGAACAGGAUGACUUGCACAAUCGGAGUAUCAUGCAUCCAGCGACGGUCAUCUUUCCCGCUGCGUUGGCAGUUGCCCAGGAUCUGGACGCAAAUGGAAGGGACUUUAUUACAGCCUGCGUGGUUGGAUACGAGGUAGGAUGCCGUGUGGGGGAAUUCCUUGGAAAGAGCCACUAUGCACGUUUCCAUUCCACUGCAACUGGUGGAGUCAUUGGUGUAGCAGCUGCAACAGCGCGUCUUUUGGGUCUCGACGCUGCGGCAAUGCUAUCAUCGAUCGGAACUGCCGGGACCCAGGCAUCGGGCUUAUGGCAGUUCCUUUUGGACGCCACACAUUCAAAGCAAGUUCACACAGGCAAGGCUUGUUUCGAUGGAAUCUUCGCCGCCUACACCGCGAAAUCAGGGUUGUUGGGGCCCAAAGAUGUGCUGGAAGGGCCCAAGGGCAUGGGCGUCGCACUCGUUCCCGAUACACCCAACGCCAGUGCAAUUGACGCAGACCUAGGAGUUGACUGGGCAGUACUUGGAAGUAGUUUCAAAUGGCACGCGUCAUGUCGGCAUACGCAUCCAAGUGUUGACGCAUUUCUUAACAUUCUGUCCACCCAUAGUAUUAAAUUCGAAGAUAUCGACUCGGUCGUAACCAGAACAUAUCAGGCAGCCUUUGACGUACUUGGACUCAGUGGACGCGGUGAAACGGUCCAUCAAAGCAAAUUUAACAUGGGAUUUGUUCUGGCAGUAACGGCGCAGAAAGGGCAGGCCAUGAUAACGGAUUUCACAGAGGAAGCACUGCAGGAUGCUUCCUUGCGACAAUUCCAAGAACGUGUUAAGAUGGAGCUGGAUGAAGACAUAAAUGCGGCGUUCCCACAAAAGUGGCAAGGUAAGGUCAUCGUAACUUGCAAAUCCGGUGCGACCUAUGAAAAAUUUGUGGAAUAUUUGAAAGGAGAUCCCCAAAAUCCACUUACGAGGACGGAGAUUGAGACCAAAUUCAAGGCCUUAGCCAAGUAUGGGGAAGUUCAAGACACGGAUCGCAUCCAGCAAAUUAUCACCAAGGCAUGGAACCUCGAAAAUGAAGGCAGUCUCAAGGAAUGGUGGCUCUAGUGUUCCCGAUGUGAUAAUCUCGUACAUAGAAUCGAUGCUAUCUUGCGUAUCCUUGGCUAUUGAUAGCAGUGUUAUAAUCGAUCCCUUGAUUUAGCUCUACUCUUCUAUCACCUCUGGCUAUGCUAAAUGAUAU